CCGCACUGGGAGCCGAGAAAAGAGAAAACCAGCGAGACGACAUUAAAAUCCUCCACUUUAUCUCUCCGACACAACCCGAGACAAACCAGGUAAGAUGAUGGUAAGGAUCUAUGCUUUCAUUGGACUUUUACUUCUCAUCCUGAUCCAGAGCAGCCUGCAGAUCCCCUUACAAGACACGGAAGAAAACGGCAGCCUUAUGUCUGAAGACGUGCUAUUUAAUGACCCAAGAGAAGUAAACACCAUGAAGAGACAUUCAGAAGGCACUUUCUCAAAUGACUACAGCAAAUAUCUGGAGACCAGAAGAGCACAAGACUUCGUUCAGUGGUUAAUGAACUCCAAAAGGAGCGGAGUCCCGACACGACGACACGCAGACGGCACAUACACCAGCGACGUCAGCUCAUACCUGCAGGACCAGGCGGCAAAAGAGUUUGUGUCCUGGCUAAAAACAGGACGAGGACGACGCGAGUGAGGAUUCUCCAGACCCAAAUAUGAACUACCAUGCAUUACUGUGAUAUUCGACAAUACGCUGUUUUAUAAUGACCAGUGCUGUAUGAAUCAUGCAAAUAAACCUUUCUUCAAAUGAA